CGCCGCGCCCCGCCCCCACCUCUCUCCUCACACGCACCCCUCCUCACCUCACGCCCUUCUUCUUCUUCUUCAUCCUCUGCAUCUAAUCCAUCCUCGCUUCCUGCCGUCGUCACCUAUUUCUCUCAACCUUCCUUCUUCCCUUCCUGGACAGCCCUUGCGUUUCAGUCUCUUCUCUCACUCUCGCACCCAGCAGGAGAACACGAGCACCGCAUUCCCUAGCAUCUUCGUACUAGAAUCAUGGCCCCUUCUCAACCUAAUACUAACGGCGAUCGCAAGGGUUCAACCGCCUCCACCACAUCUAGACCCUCAGAUCUAGUUUAUGCUGAAUCCAGCCCUGGCUCCACAGCCGCGGAGAGGAGGCCUUCUGCAGGUUCUGGAUACUUUUCACACCAAAAUGGUCGCUCGAACAGCGACCAGGUAAGUAUCAACAGCAUUGGAAGCAACAACAACGGAAAGGUCAAAUCACCCUACAGUCAUCAAGACGUGAGUGAGCGUCCAUGGGCACAUAGCAGCAGGGCGCAUCUCGAAGCAGGGUCCCACACACCCUCUGCUGCCCGGCGAAAGAACAAAGACGGUAAUGAGUCCAGCGGCCUGCUAUCGCUAUCGUUCUUUCGAUCAAACUCGUCCAGACCACCAUCGCCUGACUUGCAGGAACCAUUUAACAGCAACAGCCAUACGCGAAAUACAUCCUUCUCUGGCCACAGCAACAACGGCAUCAGCAACUAUCGAUCGGUGGCUGCGUCAGGGUCUGUUGGGUCCUUUGUAUCCAAUAAUGGCAGCAUCGUCAUCAGCUCAGUCGGCUAUAGCAAUAAUGGUAUACCUCACAAUGGCGGUGGACUCAACAGCACUACCAGUAAUGGCCAGAAACACCCAUUGGACUUAGAUACGGACAGGCGGCGGUCCAGUGAGUCCUAUUCAAGGUCAUCAUCACCCGAUCGUACGUCAGAGCAGCAGCAGUAUCAGCAACAACAUCAGCUAAACCAACAACAGCAACAGCAGGCUAGUACUGGCAGCCAAAGGCAUCUCUUUCCCACGACCCCGCCUAUUCACAUCCGUUCCCACCAGCGGACAGAGUCGAUCAAGAAUGUGAUGGAGGCUCAGCACAGGAGGACAAAGUCGAGUGAUUUUAGCGAGAUGUACGGAAAGGCUCGCCCAGCACAGGAACUUGAAUUCCAGGCGCCAAUCGCGAGCCCUGCCAAGGAGUCAAAGCGGACGCUCUUUAGUCGACUCAAGAAGAAAGCGCUCCAUCAUCAUAGCUCCUCCAGCUCACAACAGCAGCAACAACAACAGCAACAACAACAGCAGCAGCAGCAACAACAACAGCAGCAUUACUUCCAGCAGACUCAUAAUGAAAGUAAGUAUUAUGAUUUUUUUUUUCGGGAUCUUCUGGUCUUUAUUCAAAAGGCCUGAAUCCAUUGCGCAUUAACGCCGUUGUUGGAUAACUGUCCGG